UUUUGCAGAGUUUAGCGAAAGUUUUCCUCGUUUUCCUGCGGUGUCGUACGCGUCUUCUCUGAGAUUCGGUUGUAAGCAGGCAAAUUUCGCUCUUCAGUGCCAAAUGAGCACAGAGAAACCAGUCGUCGGCUCUCGAGUCAACCAGCUCGACGCUGUUGAACUCGACGAUGAAUUGUUCGCGUUAUUCAGGAGCAAACUCAGCGACGUGUUCAGGCAUGCGGGCGGAAGCUUCUACCCGACUUUCGAACCUGAGAUCAAGGCCAUCCUGAAGGCAGUUCUCUAUGGGUUUACGGUGUACGAGUGUGGAGCCACAGUGGGCCAGAGGCUUCUGGGGCUGGAGUUCUUCUCUAACGGAACAAGCCUCAGCCGCAUUACCAGGCGCCAGACGUUGGCGCUCAUUCUUCUCGGCAUUGGGUUGCCCUGGUUCCGGGAACGAGGCCUGAAACUUCUUGUUCGGUUCCUUCCUCAAAUGCAGCGUGACAAGGUCGAACACGGAAUUCGUCACAUAGAAACGGCUGUCCGCGUGGCUUCUGUGGCCAACUUCGUCUUGUUUCUGGUUCGAGGGAGCUACUGCUCCCUGAACAACAGGAUCGUUGGUGUUGUCAACGGCCAUUCAACGCGGCCCAUGUUACGUGAGGUUCAGUUUGACUUCAUGAAUCGGGAGCUUCUGUGGCAUGGCUUCGCGGAGUUCAUUGGCUUUCUUCUUCCUCUGGUCAACGUGUACCCAGCCAAGAACUUCGUGAGCCGGCACUUAUUGCGCCGUAAGAUGCGUCCGACGCAUCCGAGCGAGCGAACGCGGGGAGACAUGGCCGAGUGCGGCAUCUGCGGCAGCUCUCCAACUCAACCACAUGAAAUCGGCUGCAAGCACGUCUUCUGCUACUACUGCAUUGCUAGCCAAGUCACAGCUGAUGCAAAGUACUCCUGUCCCCUCUGCAACUGUCCAUCCCUGGGGUUGGAGAACGUCAGGAAAGCGGCACUUCCCUUCGGCCCGAGCUGACGGAGUGGAGACGAGCGAUCCAUCGAAGCACAAAUUCAGGUUGACACUGCUCUCAGCGUUGCUGUCAAGGCAGCAUCACGAAUCUCAAGAUGACAGCACGCUCCUCUCUACGCGCUAUGUACACUAUGUACAGAUGGAUUCCUAGACGAU